AUGACACCGUUCAUAGCAUUACUUGUUAAGGAACUUGUACUACUUGGAGUGUCUGCGAUCGAGGAUCGCCUUCAAAAGCACGUACCGGAGACCUUGGGACGACUUGUUACUGCUGGAAUUCGUGUCUGGGUACUUACAGGCGACAAACUGGAGACCGCUGUUAACAUAGGGAACUCAUGCCGUCUUCUCUCCGCGAAAGCACCCAUGAUGGUGCUGUCAUCGACCAGUGCUAAAGGAGCCAAAGAAGAACUGGGUAAGAGGGUCGAUCAACCAUUAUAG